AAUCACGCAUGCGUCCUUACGAUCACUUCCGGAAACAUUUCGUGUCUUGGGGAAAAAACGCAUUGUUAGGAGUGACGCAAAUAAAAUUGUAUCGUUAAAAAAAUGGUUAUCAUAAGAGACAUUAACAAUUUUUAUACAAUUCCUUUUUAUGUUGUCAGUAUCUAAUAGUGGUAUUAAUCAUUUAAAGUAUAGGUUAAAAUAGGUAUGGCUGAAAGAAGUAACCCUCCGCCAGUCUUUCCCAACACAAACUCACCCCUACAGUCACAGCAGUAUGAGUAUAAUUCUCAACCCAGCAAUAUUUCUCAAACAGCCCAACUGAAACCUUUAGGACAAGCACCUAAUGGGCCAUUUUUUCAACCUAGUGGAGCCUUUCCAUCUUCUGUACAGAGUGGAAAUCAGCCUUGGAUGGGAUCUGCCCAACAGACACCUAAUAUAAAUGGUUUUAAUCCAACUGUACAACAACAGCAACAGCCUCUACCCCCCAGUAUGAACUCAUCUGGAUUUCCACCACCUCCUGUGACACCAGGCUUUGGUUAUUCUCCUGGUGCUGGAACACAAGUACGGCCCCAGGGACCCUAUCCUCCUCUUCCUCCAACAUCACAGGUACCUGGGCUUCAGGUGAAUGGACCAGCCAGUUUAAACUCUCGACCACCUUUUCAGCCAACAUCUAAUGUAGGAUCUCAGCCCGCAAAUUAUCAAGUGGCAGCUCAACCCUUCCAGGGCUUAAGGACUCCUUUACAAACUGGUCUGCCUGUCAGACCUAUGACUUCUACAGUUGGUAGUAGCUUGCCACCACCAACUAGCUCUUUACAGUCUUCUGGUGAUAAUAUACAAAGUCGACCAAAUGAGCUGCUACCUGCACCAUAUCAUGGACAGGGACAAUAUUCACAUCAAGUUAAUCCCCUCUUGCAAAAAACUCCCAUUCCAACUCCUAAUAAUUCAGAACCUCCAUCAGAACGGUCUUCUAGGGGCCCUUCACCAAUUUCAGGCUAUUCAAUGGAUGCUUUAGAAGGACAAUUUUCACCUGGUCAAGGAGCAUCAUCACCAGGCUUUCAGGAACACAGAGGAAGUCCCACAUCUUUAUCAACAGGACAUAAUCAACCGUUUCCAACCAGGCCUGGAGUUCCUCCUGGGCAGCCAUGGCCAGGUCUGCUUCAGCAACAGCAAAAUCAGUCACAACCACCCUUUCAAGUUCAACGACCACCCCUAGGAUUCCCUCCCAUGCCUCAGUCAAGUCAGAGUUCUGGAUUCUCUUCCACUGGUGGACAACAGAGGUAUCCCAUGCCUCCAACAUCUGCCAUUGCACCAGGAUUCCCUCCACCUCCUUCAGCUCAAGGAUUCCCACCACCACCACCCUCUUCGAACACAUCAGCCACCUUCCCAUCACCACAGGGACUUGGUGCCUCUAGGUAUCCUCCACCAGGACCUGGCCUUAUGUCGGGCUAUCCCCCAAGUGGAGUUGGUGAUAAUAAACUUUCUGCAUUGCCACCUACAUCACAAUAUGGACCCACAUCACCUGGUGUUCCCCCUAUGCCAAAUCAAGGUGGCUAUUCCCCCCACUAUCCUCAACCUGGUGUUGGCGGAUAUCCUAACACUAUGAAUACAGUGACUCAAAACUUUAGUCAAAUGGGCAUGCAGGAUGGACAGAGAUCCAUUAAUUUACUGAAUGAGAGACAGUUGUUUCCUCCAGAUGGUAUGGAGACACCCAGGCCAGCACUACCGAAUGACUUCAAGAAAGUCAACUGCAGCCCAGACAUUUUCCGGUGUACCUUGAAUGCAAUACCACAAAACUCUGCAUUGCUCAACAAAGCUAGGCUACCACUUGGAAUUCUAAUACACCCUUUUAGAGAUUUAUCACAGCUUCCUGUGAUACAGUCCAGUGUCAUUGUGAGAUGUCGGGCUUGCAGAACCUACAUCAAUCCAUUUGUUGUGUUCACUGACCAGAGGAGAUGGAAGUGUAAUCUUUGCUUUAGAGUUAAUGAUUUACCAGAUGAAUUUUCUUUUGAUCCUGUGAGUAAAACUUAUGGUGAUCCCCAAAGAAGACCUGAAGUAAAAUCUGCCACGAUUGAAUUCAUAGCUCCCUCUGAAUAUAUGUUAAGACCGCCACAGCCUGCUGUUUACCUCUUUUUGUUGGAUGUGUCUUUCAAUGCAGUGAAAACUGGCUAUCUUGCACAGUUUUGUCAGGUUCUUUUGGAUGAGCUUGAUAAACUUCCUGGAGAUGCUAGGACAACAAUAGGCUUUCUGUGUUUUGAUAAAGCAUUGUAUUAUUUCAAUCUAUCUGAGGGGCUCUCCCAACCACAGAUGAUGUGUGUACCAGAUUUGGAAGAUCCAUUUUUGCCUUGUCCAGAUAACCUGCUAGUCAAUUUACAUGAGAGUAAGGAGCUUAUCAGUGACCUGUUAAAUCAACUACCAAACCUUUUUGAUGGCAAUUAUGAAACUGGUAGUGCCCUGGGAGCAGCGCUUCAGUCAGCUCAUAAACUAAUGAGUGCUACUGGAGGAAGAAUUACUGUAGUCCAGACAUGUCUGCCAACAGUUGGACCAGGUGCAUUAGAGAACAGAGAUGCUGCUAGCAGUUCAGGAAAGACUGUGACUAAUUUGGGACCAGCCACAGAUUUUUAUAAAAAACUUUCUUUGGAUUGUUCAGCCCAGCAGAUUGCUGUAGAUUUGUUUAUGUUGAAUGGCCAGUAUGCAGAUAUUGCAACACUUGCUUGUAUUUCCAAGUUUUCUGCAGGAUGUAUUUAUUACUAUCCAUCCUACCACUCUGUUAAAAACCCUGGUUUGGUAGAAAAAUUUGACACAGACCUUCGGCGUUAUUUGACACGAAAGAUAGGCUUUGAGUCAGUUAUGAGGAUAAGGUGCACAAGAGGUUUGAGUAUCCAUACAUUUCAUGGCAAUUUUUUUGUUCGAUCAACUGACCUGUUAUCGCUGCCAAAUAUUAACCCUGAUGCUGGUUUUGGAAUGCAGAUGUCAAUUGAAGACAAUCUCCAGGAGUCUAGUACUGUUAGUUUCCAAGCUGCAUUAUUGUACACAUCUAGUAAAGGUGAGCGCCGAAUAAGAGUUCAUACUUUGUGUGUGCCUGUUACAAAUCAAUUAAGCGAUGUUUUUGCAAAUGCUGAUCAACAAGCGAUCGCUUCUUUGUUGGCUAAAAUGGCUGUUGAUAGAUCACUAAACUCUGCAAUAAGUGAUGCCAGAGAUGCUAUGAUGAAUGCCUCACUGGAUGCUCUUGCAGCUUAUGCUCAACAGAUCCCUGCAUCUCAGAGGGCUGGUGCUGUGCUGGCCCCAUUUUCUCUCAGAUUAAUGCCUAUGCUAAUGUUAGCCAUGUUGAAAAGUAUUGCAUUUAGCCUGGCAAGCAAAACAAAAAUUGAUGAUAGGGUGUUUGCAAUGCAACAGUUUAAGGUGUUGCCAGUUUGUUAUUUAAUUCAGAAUCUGUACCCUCACCUGUAUCCAUUGUUGAGAAUAAGUGAAGAGAAGCCCAUAAAGAGAGGAAAUGAAGAAAUACCAAGUGCUCCAUUGUUGCAGCUGUCUUCUGCCAACAUUGAUAGAACUGGUCUCUUCCUGAUGGAUACAGGAGAUGCCAUGUGUUUAUUGGUUGGAAGUGGAGUUGGUGACCAGAUAUGUCAGGAUGUCUUUGAUAAGCCAAACUUUAUGUCUAUACCUGAUGACAUGAUGGAUUUACCAGAAUUGGAAAACCCACUAUCAGAAAACAUCAGAAGCUUUAUAAAUUACCUAAUGGACUCCAGACCAUUUGGAGUUACCUUUCUUGUCAUCAGGGAUGACAGCAAAAAUCGGCAAUUAUUUUUCCAGCAUAUGCUUGAAGAUCGCACAGAAAAUAGUAUGUCUUACUAUGAGUUUUUACAAUUUCUUCAAGGAAAAACCAAAGGUUGAUUAGUACUGAACUAGUGUUCUAGCUCAUCAUUCAUUGCCCAGGAUAUAUCGGAAGUUUCAGUGACAUUUUUAGUUUUGUGCCUAAUGAAUCAUUUUCUUUUAAUCAUCAGAAGAAAUUGAUUGUUUUAUUAUUGUAAUAUUACCUGACUGACACAUUCAUUGUACAGCAGUUGUUAUGUGGUCUAUUUAUUGUUUUGAAUUCUGUUUUUUUUUCCUACACACUCUAUCUCUCUCUCUCUCUUUUUUUUAAAUUGUGAUAUUUUGAAAACAACAAAUGUGAAUGACCUAUUUGUAUACAUAAUAUUUUUCCUCCCAGUUAGAACAAGUUUUUUCCCCCCUUCUGUCCUCUUAUUCACUGGCAGAUUUUUUUUUCUUGUAACUAAUGUAAAAGACAAAUGUUUGAAAUGCUUGUGUAGUCUAGGAAAUGUUUCUGAAUGUAACAAAUGGAAUGACAAGAAUGUAUGCAUGCAACCUCUGAUUGUAUAUUGUUUGACUUCCUACGCCUAGCAAUCCCUUCUCUGAGCUGAAUGUGGACAAAGUACUAUACACUGUAGAGACUUGAUGCUCCUUGGUUGUGCUGACUAACCAUGUUUCUCAAGAUGCUUUCAAUCUGUCAGUGGCAGUUCAGAACAGUGGCACUGCAAAUAUGUUGAUUAUAUGAGGACAAGAAAGGAUAGCUGAAUGUCUUAAGCAGAAUUUUUAUUAUUUUUGCUAUUCAGUAUAAUUGAGCAUAAACACCUAGGUUAUCAGUUUAGUUAAACAUUGUCACCCAUUAACAAUACAUACACUUUUUAUCAGAUGUGGCUUUUAUUGGUUGAACUGGAUCCAUAGUUUUAUUUAGUGGUGUCUCCAUUAAUUAUCUCCCUUUAACAAACUUCUACAAUUUGUUGAUACCACAUAAUCAUUGUACAUUUACAUUGGAUUGGUGUAAAUAAGUACACUUUUGAAAAUUAUAACAAAUUUGCCUCCUGGACAAAAGUAACCUUGUUUAAUAAUCCUCAUUUUUUUUUUUAAGUUACCAGUACAUCAAAAGAGCAUAUUUUUUGUUCUUGGUUUCACAGGGCAUGUUGUUAUGGAUGAUAUUGUUAAAAAGAUUUGCUUAAUUUUUGUGUUACACUUCAUAAAUUCAUUUGAACGCAUCACGCUAUUUAUAAUGAUCUAUUUUUAAUUUAUUCAUGUUGUAAUGAGCAAUACAUUAUAAAUAUUAACUUCAAACCUGCUCACUUGAGCAUAAGAAAUUAUUUCUGACAUUUUGUUUUGACCAUUUUCUUUUAAAUUAUAAAAACUUUUUUGAAAAGUCUGUGGCCUAUCAGCAGCAAUCAGUGUCAUGUGUUCUCUCUGGAUCAAAGUUUUAAUUUAGUUUUUCAUGAAAUGGCUUUAAUCUGUUAAGUACUUCUGUUAUUUAUAAUUUCAAAAACAAGUCUAAAUUUGAUAGGUUAUUUCAAGAAAUGUAUUGUCUCACACCCUCUUAUUUCAGUAUUUAUUUUUUUUUUUUUUUUCCUUCUAUGAAAUGUUUUUCUUUCUUUCUAAAAACUUCAGUAUUGAAGAUUGCCAUGUUUGUUUGAAAGAAGGUAUGUGAUGACAAUUGUAAUGCAUGUUCAUUAUUUCUUUUUUAUUAUCAUACUUGAGUGUUAUGUCCAAGAAUGCAUGUUGCAAUAGUUAUGUGUUGGUCCUGCCAACAAAUAUAUAUAUAAUUUUAUGCUUACAGAAACCUUUUUUCUUUGACAUUUGGUGAAAUGUUUUAAAUUAUGUCAUAAUUCAUUAAUGAGAAAAUAAAGCAGAUUCUAUGUCACUAGUCUUAAAACGUGAGCUCUUGUGUAUAUAAAAGACAAUUCAUCACAAUGACGUGUCUAUUGUUAUUGCAGUGGGGGAUGGAUAAUCCCUUUUCAUUGUUAUAUAGCAUAUUUUAAGCACUACUCUAAAUCAAUAACCUUUUGGUGUGGUUUCUAGGGGGGGGGGGGGUUUGACCCUUAGUGUUGUAGCUCUAUUAUCUUAAGCUAAUGUUUACUGGCCCUAGUAGUGUAAAGAGGACCCCCAAAACCUCGAGUUUGAAAUGGCAAAUCUUUCUAUCCAUAACUGUUGUUACCCUGUGUGUACAUGUUUACAGCAGCUCUCUAGAAAGGAAGCCUACACAAUCUUCAAGAAUAAAUAAUUAGUAAUCA